AUGAGUCUUCCACCAGGGUAUAGGGUUACCGGUGAAACGGGAAACGUGUGCAAAUUGAAAAAGGCGUUGUACGGGUUAAAGCAGUCUCCUCUGGCAUGGUUUGGUAGAUUUAUCACAGCUAUGAAGAAGUUUGGUUACCGACAGACUAAUACUGAUCAUACUCUAUUCAUUAAACAUAUGGCUGGUGAGGUGACUUUGUUGAUUAUUUAUGUUGAUGAUAUGAUUGUGACUGGUGAUGAUACUGUAGAAAUCGAGGAACUGCAGAAACGUUUAGCAUCUGAAUUUAAGAUGAAAGAUUUGGGCAGUCUGAAAUAUUUUCUAGGAGUGGAAGUCACUCGAUCUAAACAUGGCUUAUUUCUUUCACAAAGUAAGUAUGUCAUGAACCUGCUAGCAGAUACUGGAAUGCUUGACUGUAAACCAGCUGAUACACCUAUUGUUGAGAAUCAUAAACUCGGUGUUUAUGUGGAUCAGGCCCCAACUAACAGAGAAAUAUAUCAAAGUGAGAAUCAUAUGACUGCUGUGAUGCAUAUUCUGAGUUAUUUAAAGUCUGCCCCUGGGAGAGGUUACUUCACCUUUGUUGGUGGUAAUCUAGUUACGUGGCGUAGCAAGAAGCAAAACGUUGUGUCUCGGUCCUCCGCAGAGUCUGAGUAUAGAGGGAUUGCCUAA